AUGGAACAAAUCGGUCAAGAUCAACCAUAUCUUACACUUGUCAACGGCAACAAAAUGCCUCAAGUAGGUCUUGGAACAUUCCUCUCAACUCCAGAGGAGCUCAUUCCUGUAGUCAAGUCAGCUAUUGUUGACCACGGAUACAGACACAUCGACACAGCUUCAAUCUACGGCAAUGAGGAAUCUGUAGGUAAUGCUGUUCAGGAGGCUAUUGCUGCUGGUGUUAAGAGAGAAGAUCUCUUUAUCACUACCAAACUUUGGUAAGCUGAUAGAGAAGAUAUUGAAGGUGCUGUCAGAACUAGUCUCAAGAAGCUCUAAAUUGAUUAUCUAGACUUGUAUCUUCUUCAUUGGAUGGCUCCAAAGAUGGAAUGGGAUGAUGAAGUCCCAAUCAAAAAUACCCCAACUCACAAAGUAUGGGCAGAACUUGAAAGACUUGUUGAUGAAGGUCUGAUCAAGAACAUCGGUGUUAGCAACUGCACCAUUCCCAUGCUUUUGGAUUUAUGGUCAUAUGCUAGACACAAGCCAGUCACAAAUCAAGUUGAACUACACCCCUACUUAGUCCAAAAAGAUUUUGUGGAAUUCCAUAAGAAGCUCGGAAUAACCUUGACAGCAUAUGCUCCUCUCGGAUCUAAUGCAUGGUCAUUGAGAGAUGAUCACCUUAAGGGUCUUAACCUUAUGACUGAAUAAGUAAUUGUUGAUUUGGCUGCUAAAUACGAAAAAACUGCAGCUUAAAUCAUCUUGAACUGGCACCUAAGCAGAGGACACAUCAUCAUUCCAAAGACCUUAACUCUUUCAAGAUUAGGAGAGAACUUCAACAUCUAUCAAGUUAAGAUGACCUAAGAGGAAUAUGACUCAAUAACUGCCUUAGAUAAGAAAGCUAGAUUCUUCAACCCAGUUGCUUUCUACGAAUACGGAUGGAGACACUGCCCAUACUUCGAAUGA